AUGCCUCCCUCUUCCCCUGAUGCCUUCCUGUGCUGCUUCUCCCGCCCGGUUUUUGCUUCAAAAAGGCACAGUAAGGACGAUAUCUUCUCUUUUCAGGCAAGUAUCAGGAAUUUUGUAGCAGUUGGAACCACAGAUUGUGCCAUCAAAAUAUGGGAUUUGGACAUGGUGCUGUCUCUUGCCCCAGAUGGUGCUAGGAGGACUUUCAUAAAAGAAAGGCAAACGUUUGUUGAUUCUAUAACCAGUUUAAAGAGUGAUGAAAAGGAAGUUGUUGCUCAUGGUAUUGGAUCUUCUAUUCCGCCGGUGGAUGUUAGCGGCAAGGAGGUUGUUGCAUGUGGCACACCACCUAUAAAUAGACUGGCAGCAGGGGCGGUGCUGAGGAACGAAAGUUCAGGGCAAGAGAAAGACAAUGGAGUUGCGUUGUUUGUCACUUGUAUCCAUUAG